CACAAAAGUUAAUAAUGCUUGAUACAAUUUAACAAAUUAUAACGCGAAACACCUUUAUAUAAGUAUGGAUAUUCUUUUUUCACGACGAGUACCUGUGGUUUCCCGUUUCCCAACAUUCCCCCUGAAGCCAAAACAAUAUGGCUGACGAUGAUACGGGUGCUAUAAACAUCUCUAUAAACACAGACUGGAAGCAUCACCUUAGUUGUGAUGACUGACCAACAAUGUCUCACGUCAUUCCAGGGGGAAGACCUAGAGCAUGUUCAGAUGGAGACAUCCUAGACGAAGAUUUGUGCGGAGCUCUCUUGACAGGCACUCAAGGCUCUAGAUCUGGUGCGAGAGCCAGAGCAGGUAAACACAGAGAUACCGGAAACCCGAAGCCUAGCCAGUAUACGACCUGGCGCAGGAAUGGUGAAAGUCUAUCAGACAAACCUGCGGAUGGUCAGGAACUCAGUGAUGCAUGUGACAGUGAUGGGGAAAUAAGCUCUCAAAGCCAAGGAAGUUCACUUCCAUCCAGACGAAAGCGGUUUUCUUUCAAAUCGGUUCGAAAGGUUGUGAGCCGUGCUUUUAUUCGAGAGGAAGUUUCGAAGAAACAUGAGAGGUUUAAUAAAGCCAAACCAAUAGACCUAUCAAGAGUUUGGACUCCUGAUCUCAGGUACUUAACUCCUGAAUAUAGUGAAAGAACUAAUGGCUUAGAGCACCGAGAUAGUGGCACCAUGUCAACAGACCGACCGCUGAUCACAGAUCCUGGCUUGAGUAUGACAAUGCCAAAAUGGAAAAAUACACCAGGCACUGUUGGUAUUUACAACCAUGCCAACAGUUGCUUCAUGAAUGCUGUGCUACAGUGUUUAAGCAACACAGACUCAUUCACAGAAUAUUUCAUUCGAGACUUUUAUAAGGGUGAUUUGAAAAAUAGUAAAAAUGGCAAGAAAGGAAUUUCCAGAUCAACACAUGGUGAAGUUACAGAACAACUGGGACGUUUGCUCAAAGCUUUGUGGUGUGGAAAAUAUAACAGUGACAUUUCUAAAGACUUCAAAAUUAUUGUUGGCAAAUACAACAGCCAGUAUAAAGGAGACCACCAGCAUGAUUCUCAGGAAUUCCUUCUGUGGCUGUUGGACAGGGUGCAUGAAGAUGUGAGCGUCUUUACGAAGAAAAAACUGAAAGCUCCAAAGAACUCCAAUGGAAAGUCUGAUGAAGAACUUGCAUCAGAAGCUGCUUCUGUCAAUGGAGAGAGUUUUGUUCUCAAACUUUUCCAGGCUCUUCACAGUUCAACUCUGACUUGUCCGACCUGUGGUGAACACAGCAGCACUUUUGAUCCCUACCUCUGCGUUUCUUUACCUUUGCCCCAGAAAUGUCCACGCAUUAUUUAUGUAGUGGUUGUUUCGAUGUCUCUCAUGGAACAGAAAAUUGCAGUGACAUUAAAUCAGUUUGAUGGUGUCAGGGAUUUGAAAGAAAAAGUUUCAAUAGAGACUGACAUUCCUUUUUCUCAGCUCGUACUUUGCCAGCUGAAAGAUGAUGGCUUUGGGGCCACCUACAGUGAUGAGCAACUGCUGUCAGACAUUCCUGAGAACCAACUGAUUUAUGCCAUGGAGAUGAGCCUCGGGGAAAGCAGUUUGCAAGUCUCAGAGCAGGAAUUUGAUUCUGCUACAGCUCAGCUGUUAGUUGUCCAUACAGAGGUGACUGGAACUUCAGCACACAGGUUUGCGUCUCCCUCUGUGCUAAGGGUACGCAGAGAUAUCACCUGGAAAGGUCUGCAGAAGGAAAUUCUUUACAGAAUGGGAGAUGCAGUCUGUGAAGAAAUUCUCUCUCAGAAACUGAGUAAUCUGUUUGACCUCAAAGUUUAUGAGGGAAGCUCCCACUGCACUUAUCUUGACUCAGAUGUGGAGAUGCCACUCUAUACUCAGGCUGCAGAGAGAGGGCUUGGCACUUUGAAUGCAGACUUUGGACCUCCUCAUAUUAAAGUUAUAGCAGAAUGGGAUACUCAUACUAAGAAAAGAGUGGUGGUAAUGGACAAAGAGGAAAUAGACAUUCAUCCCUCUGUGAAGGAGGCCCAGACAAACCCACCUGGCCAGGGAAAGGUGUCUCUUGAAGAGUGUUUCAAGCUUUAUACACAAGAGGAAAAGCUUGUUGGUGAUGAUGCAUGGCUGUGUCCUCACUGUAAGCAGCAGCAGCAAGGCACCAUCAAGACGCUGGGUUUGUGGUCUCUUCCAGAUGUGCUGGUUUUGCACUUGAAAAGAUUUAAGCAAACUGGUCUGAGGCGCAGUAAGCUGAACACCCUUGUGGACUUCCCCAUUGAUGAUUUGGACAUGUCGAAACAUCUUGUACAUCAGAACAUCCAGAACGGACUACUGAAACGAGAUGACUACACAUAUGAGCUUCUGGGCGUCUGCAACCAUUAUGGGAAUAUGAUGGGGGGACAUUACACGGCUUUCUGCCGCAGUCCCAUUGAUGCCAAGUGGAGGGAGUUCAACGAUACUAAGGUCACUCAUCUUGAUGCUCAGAUUGUGACGAAGGAUGCAUACAUUUUGUUCUACCAGCGUCGCAGUCUGGGCAAAGACAUUAACCGCAAGCGUUUCACUGGAGACCACUGGGUUUUCUCGUUACCUCUGGCUCUUUCUGACAAAAUAGAAGAGUGCACAACACCUACGGAGGGAAAUUCUCCUCGUAACCAGCCAUCAUCUCCUUUGUCCAGAGGAGCUUACUCUCGGUCAGUAUCGCCGGCCUCUCGUAAAAAGAGCAGCCGUGGAAUUCGUGUUCCUUCUCGCCCUUUGACUCCACAACCUUCACGGUUUACUGAAAUAGACUACGAUAAAUGGGAUAUAGAUGACUCCCGGCCAACCAGUCCUCCUCCUGGUGGGAAUGACAGAGGUCGCAGGUCAAGACCUCUGCACAGACAGCUAUCAGAAGUCAACCACCGAAGAGACAAAUCGGGGAACUCUGGUGGUGCUUACAAUUCCAAGUUCAAAGAAUCAUCAAAAGUGGAAUAUUUUACUGAAGAAAACUCAAGUUUGGACAGUAAAAUUCCAACAUCUCGUGUUGGUCGUAGUGUGGGCAAAAGCCAAACCUUGCCUGGCAAGGGAAAAUUCUCAAGGCCAAUUGAUAGAUCUCACCACAGAGAUAUGUUUUCGGAUGCUCUGGAAUCUGAUGACAAAUAUCCAGAAUCUUCUGAUUUUUUGAAAAAGUAUUCAAAUCGCAGAGAUGAGCAUUCUUCUAAUUUAGCCGACUCUUUAGAGAGGGACAGACCAUUGCAGGUUAGACUUGAUGAUGAACAGAGCAGGCCAGUCUCUGGCCCCGGUUAUUCUCUCGCUUCUCACAUGGACUCAUCAGAUGUCUAUGGAGCAGAAGGAGCCCGCCGUAAACUGGCCCAGCUGAUGAGAGACAGCAGUCACAACACUGUUAAGCUAAGUCGCACUGCUGUUACUGGCAAGGAUUCUGAUAGCGACGAGGGUCUGGAAGACUCAAUUGAUACUAGAGGUGCUCCAAUAAGAUUUAAUCACCUGACUAGUCUUGACAUGGCCAGAAAGCAGCCUUUAAACUUUUCAGAUUUGUCUUUUGUGCCACAACCACACUCUACGCACUUUGAGGAUUUAAGAGGCACAGAUUCGAAAACAGAACCUAGAGGGAGAGCUCUUGAGGACCACAGAAGCGUGUCUUCCUCUGCACGGAAAUACUCAGGUAUUAAUGACAGAUCAGAGAGCUAUGUCCUCCAUUCUGAUGCUGACACUGAAUUCUUGUCUUCCCAUCGGUCGAACCUCACAAAGCAAUUAUCAGACGAUUCCCACUACGAUGGUUUUUGUCAGCUCGCGCGUAAACACUUUGGAAAGGAGGAAUCACCGUCACCCCUGGCCUAUGACAGAGACAGAUACGAGGAGUCCAUCCGUAAAGAACUUGUUUAUACCAAUGGAGAUGGACCUCGCAUGGGCAAGUCGGCGACCAUUGCAAUAGCACCAGGAGCGUCUCGUUAUCUGGCCAGGAAGGAAGCACUGUCAAUGCCUCGAUCAAACACCGACUGCAAUAUACAGUAUCAUCAGUCUUUGAGUAUUCCUCCCCCACCAUCACCCACACCUCCACACAGCGUCAUGGAGGAGCAGAAUUUUCACAGCAUAGCUAUUCCUUCAUCUGUCAGUGACUUUUACCCUGAUAGACACCUUUCCGAAAUUGAUAGCUCCUCAAUGAAUGGCUACAAUCACUCGGAGCGGAGUGUCGGAGACAGGGACAGCGUGCUCUCAAUUCGACCUACACUGCCCGGUUAUGCCUACCCAUCUCACGCCCGCAGUAGGAGAUUCAAGCCCACACCUCACAGAGGCAUCUGGGGAGUCAAGCCAAAGCCUCAGAAAACUGCCAACUUUGCUCCCUCUGCUUGUCUUCGAGAGUCUUCAGUUUGAUUGUCCACACAUAAAACGAAGACCCAACAGACUUUGGUCUUUUUUCUGUUAUUAGUUUCUGUACAGUUGUGAUGAUAUAUGCUGUUACUAGCUGUCUGAGUUAUUGGGCUAAAAGGCCUAUUAUUCAAUAAUGGAUAUGAAACAUUUAAAGCCUUAGUCUUUAAAUAAAAAGCUGAUUUCAUCUUUAUUGUGUACAGGGAGCUUGUGGUGACUCAUUCCUUAGUACUCAUUGGGGGAUGACCUACUUGAUCUUUUACACCAAAAAGCAUGACACUGGUUUUGCUUGCAAUUGGUAUUACUGAUUGCACUAACUAGUCUUUCUUGGCUGAAGAAAAAAUAGUAAACACAGUGGGUUUCGUUAUAACAAGAUGGAAGUAUUUUGAGCGGUGAGAAGCAGUAAUUUUACUUGUUUAAAUAAAGUCUUCAGUUGGCCCAAUUGUUCUUUUUCUACAGAGGUGUCCACGACUCUCUGCCACACAAACUGCUUGCCAAGAAACUGUUGACUCAGAAUUUGUACUCAGCAUUAUCUGUACGUAAAAAUGUAUUUUAGCCUGUAGUAAUAAACUUCAAAUUUUUGUAGGUUAGGCAGGCCUCUUGCGACACUGGCAACAGGUUUGUUUGUGGCAUCAGAUAUUGUCAAAUUCAAUGUUCUUGUAAGUAGAGUUUUUGUCAUUAUGCCUUAAGGUUUUUGUAAUGGAAUUCUUUUUUUAAAAUCAUGCACUGUACUCUUGGACUAAGAGCUAAGACACAUAGGAGCUGAGCUGUAUAAAUAAAGAUACUUUGAUUGUUGGCUUUGAAGAACUAGUUAAUUUUGAUAAAAGUUUUCAUUAGUUUUAGAAAUAUUCAUGUCCACAAUAUUUUGUUUUUUUAAAGAAAAAGAACAAGUGAGAAUGACUACCAAGCGUCACUGGCUAUGAAUUUUACUUCCAAUGAGAGUGUAUAGUUUGAAACUUAAAUUUUCUCAACAAGUCAGAAAAAUUUAUGUCUGCCCACAAAUAAUGGAUAGUAUUAUUUUUUUUCUCCUGCUCAGCAAUUUGAUUUUAUUUGAUGGCUUUACUCACCAAACUGACUGAAGAUUCCACUUCCAAUUUUUAAAAUGUUAAUUCUUGUUCUGCUCCCAUCGUCUUCCAAUUUGCAAUUCUUGUCCGGUGUGUGCAGUUGAUUUCUCAUUGUAAAAUGGAUGUUUUGUAUAGCUUAAUUUUGAAAAGGAAUUAUGCCAUUGAAGGCAGUGUGCCGUGCAUGUUGAAAGAGCAUUUCGUCACUGUAGAAAGAAAAUGAGUUACUCUGUUUGACCUUAAUUUUCAGGGUGAGUUAAAAUCAUUGGAGUUU